GAUCUUGACAAAUAUCAUUCAUUCUCGAUGUUACCAAGUGAUAUAAGCCAGUUGAUAUUCAACAAUCUGGUCUAUUCAAAUCGCCUUUCGGAGGACAACAUCGAAGCUUUUAGAGAUUGUGCACUGCACGAUAUUUGGACGGGCGAAUAUAAUGAAGUUAAAGAUAAUUGGAUGGAUGUUUUUUCUUCACAAGGAUCGUCUUUACUAUCUGUAUAUAUUUUUGGUUCAGAGGUCACAGAUUUCGGAUUCAGUCUGUUGAAAAAUUGCCCGAACCUCCAACUGUUAUCUUUCGAUUGCUGUGACCGUGUUUCUGAACAGGCGAUAAAGCAAGUCAGUGGUUUCUCGAAUUUGACAUAUUUGAGUUUUAGAAAAUGUGUUUCGGUUACUGCUGAAGCGAUGCAAGCUUUAUCGGGCUUAGAUAAGUUGGUUAAGUUGGAUUUCGAGAGGUGUCCACAGAUUCAUGGAGGAUUUGUUCAUCUUCGAGGUUUGUCGAAGCUCCAAUCUCUCAGUAUAAAAUGUUGUCAAUGCAUUAUGGAUUCAGACAUGGAGCCUCUGGCAGGGAUUGCGAGUUUAAAGGAACUUCAUAUUGUGUGCGUCUACAUUACAGAUUAUGGAGUGUCUUAUUUGAGAGGUUUGAACAAACUUGCUGUACUAAAUUUGGAAGGAUCACAUGUUACUAGUUCAUGUUUGGAUACUAUCUCAG